AUGAACGAAAGUUGGGUUGAUAGCAAAAUUAAAGAAGGAAAAAUAAUUGAAUACAAGUAUAAUGAAUUUGAGAAGUUUAAAGAAAUUGGCAGUGGGACUUAUAGUACAGUUUACCGGGCAAUGAUUAGUACAGAAAACGAAGAGAAAAUAUUUGCAUUAAAAUUCAUAAAGAAUAAUGCGUACAUUGAUAAAAUAAUUGAGAAUGAACUAGAAAAUAUGCUUUUGGUCGAACAUCCGAAUAUUAUAAAAUUUUACGGCAUUACUAAAUUUAUAGAUAAUAUGGAUGAAGAUAAGAUUAAAUACGUAUUCGUACUUGAAUAUGCAGAUAAUGGCACUUUAAGCUAUUAUUUACGCAAAAAUGCAACUGAAAUCGAAUGGGAAUUAAAAAUUCAAUUUGCAGUUCAACUAGUAAAUGCUGUUAAAUGGCUACAUAGUUGCAAUAUUGUUCAUGGUGAUCUGCAUUCUAAUAAUAUACUUGUACAUCAAAAAUCUUUAAAAUUGGCGGAUUUUGGACUUUCACAACGUAUUACCGAGUCAACAAAAUCUAAAACUACAAGUGAAAUUUUUGGUGUAGUACCAUAUCUUGACCCCGAAUGCUUUACAUUAAAGGAAAAUGAAGAUGGAAAGUUUCGUAAACGUAAAAACAAGAAAUCAGAUGUUUAUAGCAUUGGAGUUUUACUAUGGGAAAUAUCGAGUGGAAGAGCACCUUUUGAUGAUAUUGAUGAUCAAGCGACCCUACCAUUUAAGAUAAUCGAAGGUCUAAGAGAGAAACCAGUUGAUGGUGUACAUAAUAGAUAUAUAUCCAUUUAUGAAAGAUGUUGGCAAAAUAAUCAAAGUGAUCGACCAUCUAUUAAUGAUGUUUCAAUAGUAUUAGAAGAUAUUAAUAUUGAUCCUUUUUAUCGAGAUAUUCCGUUCACUGAAUUGAAUAUAUCAGAUUUUAAAGAAUAUAUUGAUACCACUUUUGAUGAAACUUUGGAUAUUCCGUUAGAUUUAGAAACACAAAUAAAUGAACAAGAUCCUAGGAUUAUCUUUAUAAACGGUCUAUAUUCAAAUUUUCGUGAUAUGUUUAAUAAAGGCAAGUCCGUCCCAAAAAUAAUUAGUGAUUACAUAUUUGAAAAUG